AUGGCUCUGCGGCCGCCAGGCGAGGCCGGCCCCCAGGACAAGGUGUGCUACCCGCCCGAGAGGCUCCAGAGCAGCCCCCCUCGUCUGGCCGCCUACUACACGCCGUACCUGCCCUUUGGCCACUACGGGAACAGCCUCGCCGCUGCGGAGGAGAACUUCCAACCUUUCCGGCAGCUGGAGGCCGCCGUGUCUGCAUCCCAGGCGGUGCCCCCCUUCGCCUUCCGGCCGGCGCCUCCCUUGCUGAGCCCCGGCCUGGCCCUCCAGAGGGAGCCGCUCUACGAUCUGCCCUGGUACAGCAAGCUGCCGCCGUGGUACCCCAUUCCCCACCUCCCCAGGGAGGGGCCGCCCUUUCUGAACAGCAGCCGCGAGUGUACGGGCGCCGCCAGGGAAGGCUUGGGCCACCUUGGUGGCCGCAGCGACAGUGACCAGUGUUGUGGACCUGAAAUUCUAAUUCCACCGCCCCCUGUGGACGCUUCCUUGUUCCCUGAGAGGCUGAAGACCUCCCAGUUAUUAUCUUGCUCCUCCACCAAGCGGUCUGAGGAUGGCCCCAAACUCGGGAGCCAGGAGAAGAAGUCGCCUCGGCCUUACCACUUCACCCAGGAGGACCUGUGCUUAGUUCUGUACGGAGUCAUCCCCAGCCUGGAGCCCUCAGCGCGCCUGCACCAUGCGAUUUCGGGCCUCCUGGUCCCCACAGACAGCUCGGGGUCUGAUUCUCUUCCUCAAAGUCUGGAUAAACACUCCCUUCGUCUACCAGAAGGUCUCUGCCUCAGGCAGACUGUGUUUGGCGAAGUUCCACAUUUUGGUGUGUUCUGCAGUAGCCACAUUGCCAAAGGAGCCAGAUUUGGGCCCUUUCAAGGUAAAGUGGUCAACGCCAGUGAAGUCAAGACCUAUGGAGACAAUUCUCUGAUGUGGGAGAUCUUUGAAGAUGGUCAUUUGAGCCACUUUAUAGAUGGGAAAGGAAGUGCGGGCAACUGGAUGUCCUACGUCAACUGUGCGCGGUUCCCCAAGGAGCAGAACCUGGUGGCAGUGCAAUGCCAAGGGCAGAUCUUCUAUGAGAGCUGCAAGGAGAUCCACCAGAACCAGGAGCUCCUUGUGUGGUAUGGAGACUGCUAUGAAAAGUUCCUGGACAUUCCCGUGAGCCUUCAGGUCACGGAGAAGGGGAAGCAGGCCUCCGAGCCCUCGGAGGAGUCUGCAGAAGGUUACAGAUGUGAAAGAUGUGGAAAAGUAUUUACCUACAAAUAUUACAGAGAUAAGCAUCUCAAGUACACCGCCUGUGUGGACAAGGGUGACAGGAAAUUUCCUUGCUCUCUCUGCAAAAGAUCCUUUGAGAAGCGGGACCGGCUGCGGAUCCAUAUCCUUCAUGUCCAUGAGAAGCACCGGCCUCACAAGUGUUCCACGUGUGGGAAAUGUUUCUCUCAGUCUUCUAGCCUAAACAAGCACAUGAGAGUCCACUCCGGAGACAGACCCUACCACUGUGUGUAUUGUACAAAGAAGUUCACUGCCUCCAGCAUACUCCGCACACACAUCAGGCAGCACUCGGGGGAGAAGCCCUUCAAGUGCAAGUUCUGUGGCAAAUCUUUUGCGUCCCACGCUGCCCAUGACAGCCACGUCCGCCGUUCACACAAGGACGAUGAGGGUUGUUCCUGUAGCGUCUGUGGGAAAACCUUCCCAGAUCAAGAAGGCUGCUACUCCCACAUGAAGUUUCAUGAAGACCACUAG